ACGGAGGAUGGAUGCGGCCUGCGAGGUGAAGCACAGAGUGGUGGCCAGCCCCGUGGGGCAGCUCCGGAUCUCCGGGUGCGAGCAGGGCCUGCACGGGAUCAGCCUGCUGGGCGGGACGCCGCCGGCCGCUGGCCCCACCUUGGCCCCCGCCCCUCCUGAGCCGCUCGGCAGCCCAGAGGAGACAGUGAAGCCCCUGAUGGAGUGUGCGGCCUGGCUAGACGCCUACUUCCAGGAGCCCACGGCCCUCCAGGAGCUCCCCGUGCCUGCGCUCCACCACCCCAUCUUCCUGCAAGACUCAUUCACCGGACAGGUGUUAUGGAAGCUGCUGAAGGCCGUGAAAUUCGGAGAAGUGGUUUCUUACCAGCAAUUAGCGGCGCUGGCCGGCAACCCCAAGGCCGCGCGGGCGGUGGGCGGAGCAAUGAGAAGCAAUCCUGUCCCCAUCCUCGUCCCGUGCCACCGAGUGGUCUGCAGCAGCGGCGCCCUGGGCAACUACUCCGGAGGGGGGCGGGCCGUGAAGGAGUGGCUUCUGGACCAUGAAGGCAGCCUGGCGGGGACCCCGGCCCGUGCAGGGGGCUCCCGUCUGGCCCGAACCUGGUGCGGGGCCCUGAGGGGCAGCAGCAGCUCAGAGCCCACCGGCCGAGACUGAGCACCUGUGGCAGGAGUGAGUGUGUCAGGGACACGUCGACGUAACAGCCUGUCGGAGGGGUCUGUGCGGACGCCCCGCCACAUUAAAAAGCUGCCGUGUCCUGGGGA